AUGAUGGCUGGUGGAUUAUCCGAGUAUACUGCCAUGGGCGGUGAUAACCUCCCGCUUCGCAGGCUGCCGCGUGCAAAGCCACGUGCUUUGAUCGUCGUGGCAGACGGUUGCGACGAGCUGGAGACGCUAGCGCUGUCGGACAUCUUAGUCCGCGGCGGACUUCAUGUCAUCAUUGGCUCGGUCGGCCAAGCGAAAAACAACAUCAUUGUGGGCAACUACGGCUUGCACAUCCAGGCCGAGAAGCCUAUCGAUAGGUGCAGCCUCGAAAUCUUCGACCUGAUCGUUGUGCCUGGGGGUGACGGCGCGAGCCACUUGCGUGACUCAGAUCUUGUGACUAAGAUGCUGCUGGAGCAGAAGCAAGCGGGACGCUGGAUCGCUGCAAGUUCCUCGGCACCUGCGGUUGUGCUCAACCCGCAUGGAUUGCUUGAAAGUCGCGCAACAUGCUCACUGCCCCACGAGCCGGAAAUGACACGCGAGUUCGUGGAUGAAGACGUUGUCGUCGACAAUCGAUGCGUAACGGCCCAGGGUGCUGGCACGGUGAUGAAGUUCGCGCUCACACUGGUCAAGCUGAUAAUGGGCGAGAUGGCUGCUGAGGCGGCUGCAGUUGAGCUCUUGUGUCCAUGGUCAUAG